UAGAACAGGGUAGAACAGGAUAGAACCAGAGAUUUAAAUCAUCAACUUCUAGAGGAACAAAGGAGAAACAGCAAUAUCAAUCAGGAUGUAAACUCUUCUAUGGCACUUCGACAGUCCUUGAACCAAUGCCAAGAGAAGAUUAGAGAACUACAGAGAGAUAAUACUAUUCUUAGGGAGAGUAAUGAGAAACUUCUUAACUCAGCAUUCGACAUUGAGAAGGAGCGUCAGUAUCAAGCUUCAGAGAACGCGUUGAAGGUUCAGAUCUCCCAGCUGGAGACUACACUUAAGAGUGAUCUCAACGACAAGCGGAGACUGGCCGAUACCCUGGCUCAGGAGAGAGAUAACUAUGCACAGCUAGACUCAGAUUUCCAGGAUUUACAGAGUAAAUUCUUGAAGCUGAAGGAGGAUCUGGAGAAUCAUGAUGAAAAAAUGUCUUGUACAUCAAGAGAACAGACUUUGGAUAAUGUAGAAAUAGAAGAAGCUGUUCUUUACCUUAGACAGAAGAAAGAUUUGAGCUACUUCGGAUCUGAACCUAACUCAUUCCUGGAGAAAAUAGAUUCAGGAAGGAGUACAGAGAAAGAACUAGCUGAGCUCCAAAUCCUACAUCUUGAAACUAUAAAUGAACUUGAAAAAACUAGAUCGUUGCUCAGGGUUCAGAACAGUAUUAAUGAUGAGCAAAAGAAAGAGAUCUUGAUCCUGCAAAGAAGGAUGGGUCAGGUUAAACAGGAGUUUGUUGAACAGAUUGCAGAAUACCAGAAACUCCUGGAGAUGAGAGCUGGAAAGAUUCAGAAACUAGAAGCAGAGAUCAGGGAUACAGUGAGUUCAGUAUCUCCGAGAGCUUGGAUACGGGAUGGAUCAGAUGAGAGAACUGAGAGAAGUCUUCAUAUUCAAUCCAACGAAUCUCUGUUCCAACUUCAUGUUCAACGGAUUAGCUUAUCUCAGGAGGCUCUUUUAUCAACAGGUUUAACUGAGCCUAGUGUAUUUGCCAGUUGGAUAUUCUAUGAGAGUGAACAGUCCUAUACUCCAGUACUUACAGGACCUGUUCUAUCUCCAGAUUCAAGCUCAUACUACAAGGUUACAGUAGACGCGUCCUUCCUUGAGUACCUGGAGACAAGAGAAGUUAGUUUCCAGGUUCAUGUUGUCCUGGAGAAUGAUUGCCAAGGGUUGGCUGUAACAAAUAUUAAUUUCUCCGAGAUACUAGAUUAUCCGAACAACAAGCUGCAUAGGACUCUUAAACUCAGAGGAAUAAAGGGAUCAACAAAGGAUGAAGUCUUGGGAACUGUAGAUCUCUGGUUCCGUCUUCAUAUCCAUGAUGUUCGUUCAAUAGUUGUUUACAAACAAGAGAAACAGCUGGAGGAGACGAGGACAAACCAACCUCUCAGGUUGGAGAAGGAUGUUCAUUUUCUCCAGGGAGAGAGAACCCAACUUAGUUCAGGAGCAAACAGACAUCAAGGGAAAAGUUUGCUUGAAAGAAAAAGAUUGAUGCAGAAAAAUAAAACUGAUAAUACUGCGCAAAAGAGUAUAAUUUUGAAUAAAUCUGCGCAUCCUAAACCAGAGAGAAAAAUUAUAAAUCCUAAACCUGACAAAGAAAGUGAAAUUAAAUCUAAUCAAAAAACGGAAGACAAUCCAGUCGUUGAAACCAAAAAAGAGGAAGAAAAAGAAAAGGCAGAGAAAGAGAAAAAGAUCAAACCUAAAUCGAAACCUAAGCCUUUACCUAAGCCUGAGCCUGAGCCUGAGCCUGAAAGUGAAAGUGAAUCCAAAACAGAGCCUGAACCCCAAGCUAAUUCUUCAGAUGACCCAGAACCUAAACCUUUAUCAGUUGGAACGAUUUCAGAGGAUUCAAGUGUAUUAAAUAUCCUGAGUAAGAAAGCAACGGAGAAGCUAGAGAAUAUAACCCGAAGCAGGAUUAAACCUCCCAGAACCAAACCCGGCAAACCUAAAACUACUCCGGAGAAUCAGAUGAACCCUGAUACAUCACUGGAUUCUCAGAAUACAAAACAAGAUCAGACAAGGGAUGAGAGUAAAGAGAAGAAGAAACCUAAACCUAUUCCUCCUCCUCAGGUUCAAUCAUCUCACGAGAUAGAAGAGAGUGAGGAUGAGGAUGAUACUAGUGAGGAUUCAACUGAUGACGAAGAGGAUGAUGAAGUUGAUGAAGAUGAUGAAGGUGAUGAUGAUGAUGAUGAAGAUGAUGAUGAUGAUGAGGAUUAUGAUGAUGAUGAUGAUGAUGAUGAUGAAAGUGUUAGUGAGGGAGAUAGAACAAAUGGAAUAAGUACAACAAGUGGAACGGAAACCAACCCUACAAGUAGAGAUGACAGAAACAUUAGAAAAUCAAAGGUACAUGUAGAUACUGAGUUUGACUCCCAUGACUCGGAAGGAGUAGUGGUUGGACCUGAUACUGGAGAACUGAACCUGAACAUGAACGAGAACAUUCUGAUAAUUGUGUCAGAUUUCGAGGGGGAGAAAGGAGCCCAGUUCCUGGAUGAUCCCAAUAUCAGUAACCUGUACAUAGAAUACAGUUUCCUAGACGUACCCCAGGAGGACCUGGAGACACCCUUCUCCCUACCCAAACCUAACCCUGGAGAAAAGAUAACGUUCAACUUCAGUAAGAUGAUAUCAUUUGAGCGUGGAGCUGAGAAUGGGCGGAGGAGAACCCUCUCUAAGAUACUAAAAGGAGAGACGGAGAAGGGACGGAUGAUGAGGUUUUGUGUGGUCUCGGAGCCAGAGGAUUCGAACCCUGAUCUUGAAUGUGAUGAGGUUGGAUCUGGAGUUAUAGAUCUUUGUAAGCUUGACAGGGAUCUGGUAGAUCAUAGGGUACAGAUUAAAGAUACUUAUGGAAACCUGGUUGGAACUCUUACAGUGACGGUGAAAGCAGCAGCUUUAGUAAGGUCAUUCACAUAAAGCAGCGACAUUAGUGAGAUCAUGAAGCAGCUAAUUAGAAUCAGCUUUAGUGAGAUUAUUCACAUGUAGCCGCCUAAUGGAAGCAGCAUUAGUGAGAUCAUUCACCUAAAGCAGCUAAAGGGAAACAUAUUUAGUCAGAUCAUUCACAUGAAGCAGCUUAAUGAAA